GUUCUCGUUGAAUUGAGCUGAAUGAAGCUACUGUACUUUAAGGGAGUCCGCGGAGAUGUUGGCAGGUGCAUUACUUCUGGGCACAGUCCUUUCAACUUUACCAGGGGGCCAAAGCAGAUGGAGUGUGUUCUUUUCUCGAAGAGAGAUCUGUGUGUGGGCAGGAACGACCGUCACACUGCCCUGUCGCUAUGACUAUCCAUCAGGUCACACAGUGAAGCAGGUCAUGUGGUUUCGUGUAUCAGCAGAUGGUCAAAGGGAGUUCACCCAUCACACGGACAUAAACCAAAUCAGCCUGUCUUAUCGUGGACGCACACGCUACAUUGGUGGGAGCUACUCCAGCUGUUCGGUCCAAAUUCGGGCUGUCAAGCUGAGUGAUGCAGGCCAGUACCACUUCAGGUUCGAGACAGACCAGCCACUGGGAAGAUGGACCUCUCCAGACACCAUCACUCUCGACGUAACAGACCUCCAGGUCCAGCUGCAUCCAACCAGGCCAGCCAACAUGUUUGGCUUUGCGGAGACUGUGUUUGUAGGCUGCCAGGCCACAGGAUGUGCUGCCCCAGGAAGGGGCCUCGCAUUGUACAGGAAUGGUCUAAACCUGGGUUCCUAUGAUAAAUGGAUGAUUAUCAAACGCUUUGACCGAGUGCACACUGGAGCGUAUAUCUGUCGACCAAUCCCACCACAGAAUGUGCAGUCCCCGCCCCUGUCUCUGGCUCUCGGCCAUGCUCCUCGUUUUACUUCCAUCCGAGUUUCUCCUUUAGGGGGGAUGUCAGAGGGCUUCUCGGCCACUCUGUCGUGCACUAGUGAAGCAGCUCCGCCGGUAGAGAGCUUUGCCUGGUUCAAAGACAGGGAGACUGGCAGCAUCCCAGACAGUUUUGGGCCUCAGCUCCACCUUUCCCACCUUAAAUACACAGACAGAGGAGAGUACUUCUGUGUGGCGCGGAACUCCCUCGGAACCGAACGCUCCAAACCACUUCUUCUCAACGUGACAUUCUCCCCAAAAGACACCCGUGUGCUGAUGACACCAUCUGGUGACAUUCGAGAAGGCUCCUUUGUCAACCUCAGCUGUGUCAGCUGUGCCCACCCUCCUACCAGCAGGCAUGCUUGGUAUCGCAUCCUCGGAGACCAGGUGUUAGCGAAAGAAAGCGUCCAGAACUUGACGUUCCCCUCCGUGCGUGCUCACCACGCUGGUCGGUACUACUGCACGGCAUGGAACCAAUUAGGACAACAAACCUCUCAUACCACCACUCUCACUGUGCUGUACCCUCCCAAGAACACUUCAGUGCUGGCUCGUCCUUCCAGUGUGGUGGAUGCUGGCCGGCCUUUGACUCUGACCUGCAGCAGUCAUGCCAACCCAGCCGUGGACAACUUCACUUGGCAUCGUUUAACACACAACGGAGCAUCAGUACAAUCGUGGGGCAGCCGCACUGGUCCAGUGUUCACAUUCUCAGAGGUCGGGCCUGGAGAAAGUGGUCAGUACUACUGUGAGGCUCGAAACCGCAUCGGAGUCCACAGCUCCCCUGUCCUCACAGUGCGAGUCAGAGGACGGCUGAAGGUUAUUGCUUUGGCAUCAGCGGUGGGCGUGUCUGCUGGGCUCAUCACUCUGACAGUGGCCAUUAUGAUUAGUAAGAACAUGCACACGGUUGACAUGGAAUCAGUUCAGGUAGCAACCAAGCGACCCUCAGUGACAGCUGACACCAUGUUCUAUGAGACGACCCAACCAGCGGUGCCAGUGAGAGAGACCUUAAUGUCGGACAUACCAUCUCAUGUGCAGGAGGAACCCGAAGACUUGAGUGACAGCUCCCAUCCUGCCAUUGUUCCACUUAAGGAUGCUCCUCCAAUCACAGGAGCUGAAACAUACAGCCCCGCCUCCAAAUACAUCACAGUCCAUUACUCCAGACUGUCAAGGGGAGAGCAGGUACAAGUGCAAAACCUGCCACUUGGGGGCGAUAAGAAACCGAAGGAGUCCACCAAAGUUGUUUACAGUCUGGUGCCCCACCAUCCUCACCACUGACUUGAGAAGGAAGCUCAGGUGGGACAUACAUUUUUGAGUAAAAGUAAGAGCGUAGGUUUUAAUGCGCAAGUGUUGACGCACACAGCUACGCCACAACAUUGGCUAGACCUACACAUGUAAAGAGCUCAAUGAUGAGUAUCAAAUAUUGGCAAAGAUACAUGAAGUGGAGGUCAUUACCAUUGUAAACUACACCCAGAAUAAUGAACAUAUUGCAAAAUUACUAUUAAUCUAAAUGAAGCAUUGUUACCAUCCUCAGAAGGGCAAUUGGUUUCUUUUAUUUAUUUUUACUGCAUUCCUAGUGAGGAUAAGCUGUACAGAAAAUGGAUGGAUGGACGCUUCUAGUUUGGCAGCACGAUGGACGAGUGGUUAGCAAGUCUGCUUAACAGUUUUCGAAUAUCAGCUCACGCCCCCCGUGUGGAAUUAACAUGUUCUUGCCGCGCUUGCAUGGGUUUUCUCCGGGUACUUGGGCUUCCUCAUACAUUCCAAAAGCAUGCAUGUCAGGUUCAUUGAACACAGGUGUCAAACGCAAGCCCUGGGGCCAGAUCUGGCCCACCACAUCAUUUCAUGUGGCCCUGAAGAAAUUGUGCAUCUACUUCAUGAUCUUGCUAAAAUCAAUAUUGCAAUUUGUCUUCAAGUAGUUUUUGUUAACAAAACCCCUUUUGAAACAUAAUAGUUUUUAUUUAAUAAUAGGUGAACAAGCUAUUUUAAUAAAUUUCUGAUGUCAAAUCUAUCCAUCCAUCCAUUAGGAUCACAGGCGCGCUGGAACCUAUCCCAGCUGAUCCUGGGCGAGAGGCGGGGUGCACCAUGAACUGGUCGCCAGCCAGCCAGCCGCAGGGCACAAAUAAACAAACAACCAUUCACACUCACGUUCAUACCUACGGACAAUUUAGAGUCUUCAAUUACGCAUGUUUUUGGGAUGUGGGAGGAAACUGGCGUACCCGGAGAAAACCCACGCAGGCACGGGGAGAACAUGCAAACUCCACACAGGGGAAGCCGGAUUUGAACCCAGGUCCUCGGAACUGCGAGGAAGACGUCCUAACCAGUCGGCCACCGUGCCGUCAAUUAUUAAUUUUAUUGGUUAAAAACUGCUCAUGUUUAUUCUUUUUUCUUUUUUUAAUUCAUGUACCUAAUAAAUAAUUGGUUAAGGGAUUUAUUGUAAAUAUAAUAAAACAAUAUUUAAAAGAUAUAUAAUAUUUUAUUAUUAGAGUAAAUUAUUUGAAAGUACUUCUUUGGCCUCAUCUACAAAUGACCUGAAAAGUCAGAACUCAGGUUUAGAUUAAGAGCAUUUUAAACCUGCUUGCUGAAAUAUCCCCCUUGCUGGUGAACGACCGUCCUGCAAAUCAACCAACCAUUCACCAGCCCGGUGGAAAAACAGCUCGUCAGUGGCCGCUCAACCUGUGGAAUGAGACAAUACCGGCGUUUGGGGAACAGAUGUCAGGGCAUUGUUGUAAGCAGAUGAUGGGUGAUGGCGUUCGGGCUAAGGGAGCCUGGGCGUUUUGUUGAAUUUGUUACUGAUGCAGGUUCACCAAAAUCCUGAGAAGCAAACUCUGCAAUGUUGUUUAUGCAGUGCAGUUUAGUGAGGACUGCAAUGAUCUCUACAUUGGAGAAACCAAGCAACCCCUAUUCAAACAUUUGGCACAACAUUGGAGAGCAGUGCAUGCACAUCCAACUGCUGCAUGUUUCAGUACUUUUUGCACAACUUGCUGUUCUCUAACAGGUUCACAAAAGGUUCUCGAUCCCUAAACUGACCAAUAGAAAUUCCUGGUUCAAUUUGAAUUGUGAUUUAAACAGUCUUCUUUAUCGUGAUGUUUACAUUUUGACAUCUUGAUACCAAGAUGACACCUAAAAAUUGAUCAACAGUACCUCACCCUGAGGUAAGCGGCCACUGAUCUUAGAAUGUCACAGACAGUUUACGACACAGAGACUGAAUGAAGGAGUGUCACAGAAAGGCAUAGAAGUUGACAUCCUUAGGAAUUUAUUGGUUGUUUCGUGGAGCAAACACCUGUUGUGAAUUGUGUUGUUCAGCUCUGCGUUAGAAAACAGCAAGUUGUGCAAAAAGUGGGAACCAUUAAACAGUUGGACAUGUGCAUUCAAUAGUUCAGAGAACAUCUACAAAACUAUCUUGGGUUCCUCUUCACUAGUGAGGGAAUAAGAGAGCGGAAGAUUGACAGGCAGAUCGGUGCAGCGUCUCCAGUAAUGCGGACUCUGUAUCAGUCUGUCAUGCUGAAGAAGGAGCUGAGCCCAAAGGCCAAGCUCUCAAUUUACCGGUCGAUCUACGUUUCUACCCUCACCAUCGGUCACUAGCUGUGGGUCGUGACAAGAACAAGAUAGCGGAUACAAGCGGCCGAAAUGUGUUUCCUCUGCAAGGUGGCUGGGUUCUCCCUCAGAGAUAGGGUGAAAAGCUCGGUCAUCCUGGAGAAGCUCAGAGUCGAGCCGCUGCUCCUCCGCAUCGAGAGGAGCCAGAUGAGGUGGCUAGGGCAUCUUGUCACAAUGUCCCCUGGACACCUUCCUGGUGAAUGGUUCAAGCACGUCCCACUCGGAGGAGGUUCCAGGGACGACUCAGGACACGCUGGAGAGAAUGCGUCUCUCGGCUGACCUGGGAAUGCCUCGGGAUCCCCCCCCCCCCCGGAAGAGCUGGAAAAAAUGGCUGGGGAGAGGGAAGUAUGGGCUUCUCUGCUUUUAAACUGGUGCCCCCGUCACCCAAGCCCAGAUAAGUGGAAGAAGAUGGAUGGAUGGAUGGAUGGAUGGAUGGAUGGAUAUAGUGCAUUUUAGGUUAAUCCUGAAAUUUACAAAAAAAAAUAAAAAAUACCCAUAACUUUUAAUGUGAAUUAUAUCAGCUGCAAUUGGCUGGCCACCUGUGCGCCCAAAAGUCAGCUGGGAUAGGCCCCAGCUCACCCGCAACCCUAAUAAGGACACACGCUCUAGAAAAUGGAUGAAUGGUCCUUGUUAGGAGUUUGCAGCUAUGCCUAAUGUUAUCACUAAUUAUAUAUUUUUGUAUUGCAUGUAAAAGAUGCAAAAUAUAAAAACGCAAAGCAUAGGCCACCUGCAUAUCCUUGUAGAUCUCCUAAUAAUCUUAUUUUGAUUUCACAAAACAGUGCAACGUCUAUAUAUAGUUAUCAAACAAAAACAGCAGCAAUGAAUACUGAUUGAUUGUAUUUUUUGUAGGGAAAAAUACGUUACUCUGUUAUUCAUUGAAUGUGUGGUGUCUGAUGUGGUUCUGCUCUUUUCCACUGAGUUUUCCUGUGUGGAUCAAUCUCUUGUCAUUGACACCACGUGUGAGUUCUGAACAUAAUCACACAUGCUGACUCGUCACUGUCAUAUUAUCCAAACACCAACUUGUGGUUCUGCUGCUGAGUCCAUGUUCUUUUCAAUGUAUCGUAAAACACAAGUCAUCUGAAAUGAUCUAUGGUCAUGAAAAAACAAUAACACCAUAAAACAUUUCCCUUGCACGAUGCAAAUUAAGCCUGCUGCUGCUUUUUAGACUGAAACUCUUCAAUGAAAUACGGUAGAUAUCCAGUAGAUGGCACAUCAUGACUGUCUGCUUUAUUCGAAGUGAUGCUGCUUUUGCUCCAAUAGACAGUAAACUUUA